CACAAUUAACUUCUGGUUCACGCUUUAACGUGGAAUGUGUUUGUGCAUGUGGGUCUCACUACAUUCGUUGAAAUGGUUUAGAUUUAUGUGAUAAGAAGUAAACUCUAUAUAGAUUUGCGUUUGUAAAAACAGUGGAAAAAAUGUCUGUGUUCAUGGAUCUAAACAUCAUCAGCAGUAAUGAUAAAAACAGACUCAAAAGCAUCAUAGAGACAGCAGCUCACCUUGGCUACUCAACGGUCGCAAUAAACUAUGUGGUUGAACCACAACAGAAGAAACAGGAAAUUCCUAAGCCACAGAGUGUGUCAGACAUAUUUGAUAAAUUCCCAAUAGUACAGGGCAAAUCUUCUCCCAUCAAAGUACUGAAUCGAUUGACCAUCAUAGCCUCUGAUGCAUCUCAUUUUAGACCAACCAAUGAAUACAAAAGCUUCGACCUUGUGGCGGUGUACCCCAAGACCGAAAAACUCUUUCAUGCAGCCUGCAUGACUUUUGAUGUGGACAUUAUCUGCAUUGCAGUGGCUGAAAAACAGCCCUUCCAUUUUAAAAGGGCUCCAGUUAAUGGGGCUAUUGACAGGGGGGUUUUCUUUGAGACCUGUUAUGCGGCAGCCAUCAGAGACACCACUAUGAGGAGAUACUCCAUUGCCAAUGCCAUCAGCCUCAUGGAAGUCUGUAAAGGAAAAAAUAUCAUAGUGUCCAGUGGAGCAGAAAGGCCACUUGAGUUGAGGGGUCCGUAUGACAUUGCCAAUUUAGGGCUUGUGUUCAGCCUGUCUGAGGGAGAUGCCAAAGCUGCUGUUUCUACUAACUGUCGAUCUGUCUUGCUUCAUGGAGAGACGAGAGCCACUGCAUCUGGUGUUGUUUACACCAUGAAGAAACCAAAAACUCCCCAGAAGCAAGAAGAAUCUCCAGUAUCUAAAAAGGCCAAAACUGAAUUAGCAUAGCCAGUAUUUCAGAAUUCGUGUAUUAUUUUUAUUUUUACAUUGAAGAUUAGUAUUCCCUGAAUCCUUUUCUCAACAUCUUGCAAUCCACUUUAAAUUGAAAGAUGAUACAGAUAUUUUAAAAAUGAUAUUUAUUUAGUUGAGCUUUAAAAGAAUUGCAAACAAAAUUUACAGAUAAAUUGAACUAGUACAAAAUUGCUCAUUUCACAUUGAGUGCAUUCUGUCAUAAAAUAUGAUUUAGAAUAUCAAAAAUGUCCAUCAAUCAUGCUCAGAUUGAAUCUAAUCUUAGCAGUAGAGCUAUUUCAGGCAAUGCAUUUCCAUGUGAAGAUGAAGCUCUAUGUUCCAUUAAGUUUCUCAUUCCUUUCUGCCUUAUCUGUGGUUUAAUAAAAAGUGAAAGUACUGUG